AUGGCGGGGAAGAUGACUUUGUAUAAGCUGGUGGUUCUUGGGGACGGCGGCGUGGGAAAGACUGCUCUCACCAUCCAGUUAUGCCUCAACCAUUUCGUCGAGACCUACGAUCCUACCAUCGAAGAUUCAUACAGAAAGCAGGUCGUGAUAGACCAGCAAGCGUGCAUGCUUGAAGUCCUGGAUACAGCCGGACAAGAAGAAUACACUGCCCUGCGUGACCAAUGGAUCCGGGACGGAGAGGGAUUCAUAUUGGUUUACAGCAUCACGUCGAGGAACUCGUUCAACCGAAUACAAAAAUUCCAUUCGCAAGUACAAAGGGUCAAAGAGUCGGGCCAUCCAAAUUCGCCUACGGGAGCGAGUUAUCUCCCGACCCAAAUGAAUGGAACACCCACCUAUACUGGUCCCGUUCCUAUCAUGUUGAUCGGCAACAAAAGUGAUAAGCACCACGAACGGGAGGUUUCAUCGCAGGAAGGUCAAGCUCUUGCGAAAGAAUUGGGUUGCGACUUUGUGGAGGCCUCUGCCAAAAAUUGCAUCAAUGUCGAAAAGGCAUUUUACGAUGUUGUACGACAGCUGAGACGUCAACGGCAGUCGCCUAUGAAACAGAUUGAUCGAAAAGGCACCAAUUAUGGGCCUGCUCCUGCGAUGCGAAACAACUUCGACGCAGAACAUCCACGGAUUUAUCGCGAACAUGGGAGAAGGCGCGGAGCAAACAAAUGUGUGAUAUUAUGA